UGCCUGACAAUUUGGUUCUCAAGCAUUGAUAAACUGUUACUUUACGUCUCUAAAUAAAUUUCAUUUUUUCAUUUAGUUGGAGGGUUGACUUUAAUGCUUACUCCAUAUAUUUGUGAAUUGGGGUCCCUAUGUUCAUUGAUUUGCAAUUUUCUCAAUGGAAUUGGAUUGAUCUUUGGAUUCAAUACAGAUCGCUCUCUACCCAAUUGCGGCCAUAUAAACCACGACAUUCUCUUCCUCUUCGCAACCGUUUACUCCCCCACUCACGGUUUCACAGAGCCGCACGAUUGCCCUCUACAACACUCGCUUAUUCGCUCUCUUCUCGUAAGAGGGAUAGUUGACUCUGCACUGAAUCCAGUUGACUCUGCACUGAAUCCAGUAACAUACAAGAUUGUGAAAUUCUGUUUGCAGACAUAAUAUCUUUUGAUUUAGGUGCUUUUCAUUUUUUGAAUACGGUUAAUAAAACCAAGGAGUGUGUUUGAUAUUGGAAGAUGGAGCUGAAUACAAUCAAAGAUGCAUUUGAUCGUGUUGCAAAGAAGCAAAAGAUGUCCUAUUCUAAAUCUCAAGAAGUAAUUGAUCAGCUUGUCCAAGAAAUUGAACUGGCAUUAUCAAAAAUUCAUUCAGUCCAUGAUACUGCAUCCCAAUCUGAUCAUAAGUUGAUCCUCACUGAGCUUAAAGGUAAGUUGAAGGAGAUUGCUCCACUCAGUCAGCUUGAAGGUGCACAGAAAGAAUUGAAUAUAGCUUUGAGCAAGUUCACAAAGCUCCUCGAGAAAUCCUUCAAUCCUGACAUUUCCAAAGCUUACAGAAAUGACUUUGAUACCCACAUGGUUAACCAGAUAAUCGCCAGCCAUCUCUACCGGGAGGGCCUAUUUGAUCUCGGUGAUUGCUUCAUAAACGAGGCCAGGGAAACCAAAGGUGCUGAGCUGAAAUUUCCAUACCUGGAAUUGUAUCAGAUACUUGAAGCCAUUAGGUCCCGGAACCUAGAGCCAGCAUUGAACUGGGCCGCCACCAACCGUGACAAACUACAACAAAAUGGAUCAGACCUGGAGUUGAAACUUCACCGCUUGCAGUUUGUAGAAAUCCUACAGAAGAGUGGAAGAGAUGAAGCUCUCAAGUAUGCCAGAACUUCCCUUGCUCCAUUUGCUUCUAUACAUAUGGCUGAAAUCCAGAAGCUCAUGGCGUGCCUUCUGUGGGCUGGGAAACUCGAAAGCUCCCCAUACUCUGAAUUACUAUCCCCAACCCACUGGGACAAAUUGGCCGAGGAGCUAACCAGGCAGCUAUGCAAUCUUCUGGGACAGGCUUACGAGAGCCCAUUGGGUGUGACGAUUGCAGCUGGAGCCCAAGGGUUGCCAACCCUUUUGAAGCUAAUGAAUGUGAUGAUAGGGAAGAAGCAAGAAUGGCAGUCUAUGAAGCAGUUACCUGUGCCUGUGGAUUUGGACAGGGAGUUUCAGUUCCAUUCCAUCUUUGUAUGUCCAGUGAGUCGGGAUCAAGCAAGUGAAGAUAAUCCACCAAUGUUGUUAUCAUGCGGACACGUGCUCUGCAAGCAGUCUAUUACGAAGCUGUCAAAGAAUAAUAAUACGCGGCCUUUCAAGUGUCCCUACUGUCCAACUGAGGUCGAGGUAGCACAGUGUAAGCAGUUGUAUUUCUGAGUUCGAAAAUUGUACACUGGUUGUAUCAAAGUACUAUUAAAUUAACUGAAUUAUGGUGUGGUAGACAAGUUAUCAAGUGUGUAACCAGGUUUUGCUGGCGGCGGCAAAACUGGUCUGUGUUGUACUGCAUGAUUUAUUGGGUGUAAAUAGAUAUUCUUUUCACAUU